AGCAGGCUCCUCUACCCUGAAACAGUACUUCAAGGUCAGGCCUUCUGCCUCCAUCCCUCCAAAAUCCCCAUCUGAGGUUAAAAGCAAAUCAAAAGACUUAUCCAACACUAUACUUGUUUUAGAGGAUGCAAAGGCUAGAGUUAGAAAUAUUAAGGAUUUUGAACUAAUCUCACAUUCUGGGAAAAAAUACAUCUUCCAUAAAAUUAGGACUCAUCGGGUCCAGAGAAAACCCAAAGUCAAAAGGAGUCGAAAGUUCAGAAAGAAAAGUUCACUCAAUAGAAUGAUGCUUGCAAGCCCUCCGUUCUCUGUAGUGAGGAGUCUCAUAAAUUCCCCUCCGCGAGAAGCUGUUUCACCUUCAAGAGAAGUGACUUCUCAGGAAAAUCCUUUUCCAGAAUUAUUUUCUCUUUCAGACCCUUCUACAGAAAACACUACUUCAGCAAACAAUACUGCACAAAAUGUUUCUGAAGAAGUUAUUUCUUCAGGAAACUCUACUCUGCCCGGAGGAACCGGCCCUGAAAACACUACCCAUAAGGAUGUCUCCACUGCACAUUCUGCUGUUGCUGCAGACAACAGUAUGCCACCUGUUCAACAGACCAACGAAACACAAUGGGAGCACCACAACACGGGCACUGAAUUAUCCUCUAAGCCCACAGGCUUCACUUUCCCAGGGCUCACAUCCCCGGGUGAUCAAGUUGAAACUCAGCUAAACCAGCAGCUACGGUCCCUCAUCCCCAACAAUGACGUGCGAAGGCUCAUUUCUCAUGUUAUCCAGACUUUGAUAAUAGACUGCUCGGACACCCACGUGCAGCUGGCCUGUGCCAACCUCAUCUCUAGAACAGGCCUCCUGAUGAAGCUUCUCAGCAAGCAGCAGGAAGUAAAGGUGUCCAAAGCGGAAUGGGAUACGGGCCAGUGGAAAAGUGACAACUAUAUCAGUGAGAGCACAGAAGCCCAGAGUGAGCAGAAAGAGCAGGAGUCAAGUGAGCUCACAAAAGAAGUUCCAGGAUAUGGCUAUAACAACAAACUCAUCUUGGCAAUAUCUGUAACUGUAGUAGUGACGAUUUUGGUUACACUUCUCUGUCUCAUUGAGAUUUAUUCUCAUCGAAUUGCAAAAGGGGAAGAUAAAAAAAGAAGCAGAAGGGGCUUUUUUCGAUUUCUGCUGCGUAAGAGAAGCUCAGGGGAAAGUGAGAGUCAGGAGGGCUUUUUCGGGAGAAGGCGGCCACUUUGGCUUAGGGAUGUGUAUAGGCCUCUCAACGCCACACGCAAGGAAAACAUGGCACACAAGCUACACGACAGGGAGUCUUCUGAUGAGGAUGAGAUGUACUUCUAUAAGGAUGUACCAUAAAUGGGAAGUCAUCAAAGCCCCAGCAGAGAAGCUUCUGGCUGCAUAUUGGGUUGAUGAAGAGGCGGGUGAGGAAAGUGAGACCGCACACGAGACAGCCACAGAGUGAGCCCUGUUCUGCCUCAAGCCACCGGUAAAUUUUAUUUUCUAAUAUCGGCUUCUCAGCAUUGCUUGUAAAAUACUUCUUUUUCUUAUAUUAAAGUGUAUAAAUUCAUAACCAA